GCUGCUGCUGCGUCUUUUGCGGAAGUUUUUGAAUGGCGGUGGCGGCCCUUCAUCACAGGCGCUGAGCUUCAGCUUUCUUCUCCGCUCCUCCUGCUUCCUUUCCUUUCCCGCCGCCACCUUUUUCGGGCACGCCGGCCAGGCGCCUGGAACGGACGGGAUAGGCUGCAGCACUAUUCCCGCGGUGCGCGUUUGAGUCGCCUUUGAGGACGGUGCAACCUCACGGCGCGCAGAAUUGGGUCGCUGUUAGGAUUUCCGCAGAUCCGGCUGCAGAAGUAGCGGUUUCCCCCACUUAUUAGCGUGUCGGAAGCGAGUCUGUCGCGCUGCUAAAGUUCUUACAGAGCACUUGAAAAAUAGCAAAAUGAGUCUACGGAAACAAACUCCAAGUGAUUUCUUGAAGCAAAUCAUAGGAAGACCAGUUGUUGUGAAAUUAAAUUCUGGAGUUGAUUACCGAGGUGUACUAGCCUGCUUGGAUGGCUACAUGAAUAUUGCUCUGGAACAGACAGAAGAGUAUGUAAAUGGACAAUUGAAAAAUAAAUAUGGAGAUGCUUUCAUCAGAGGAAAUAAUGUUUUAUACAUAAGUACACAGAAGAGGAGAAUGUGAGCCUUUCUGAAGAUGGAAUAUUUCAUAUUAACUUUUCUUAAUAAUUGUUUUGUUUCUUCCUUCCAUUGUAAAGUUAUAUAAUCUGUAUGGAAAGGUUGUUUUUUCUUUUAAUGUUAAAACAAAAUAGAACAUUUUCCUGUUUCAGUGUUGUUUGUAUUUUGAAAAG